AUGGCCUCUCGCUCGCCUACACUUCGUCCCUCUUCCGACCCUUUCGGUCCAGACCAAGAGAAAGACAUCCAAGGUCUCGAUCAUCCACCUGUAUCGGGAGAUCAACGCCCCUAUAUUGACCCUUCCACAGAGAAGAGACGUUCUUCUCUCGGUUCUGCAUGGCGGCGCCAAAGCGAGUAUCAGGAGACGGAUCCCUUUGGGGAAGACGAUGAAGAAGGAGAAGUCAAGUAUCGGACUUUGGAGUGGUGGCAGUGUAGUAUGAUUAUGAUUGCCGAAACGAUCUCUUUGGGUAUUUUGUCCUUGCCCUCAGUUCUGGCGACAAUUGGGAUGGUUCCAGGCGCCAUUCUCAUUGUCGGACUUGGUGUUGUGGCGACCUACUCGGGAUAUGUCAUCGGACAAUUCAAGGCGGCACAUCCUUGGGUCCACAAUAUGGCAGAUGCUGGCUACAUUCUCUUCAAACCCAUGGGGCCGCGAGCCGCUGCUAUCGGUCGUGAAGUCUUGGGUGCUGCGCAAACCAUCUUCCUUAUCUUCAGCAUGGCGAGUCACAUACUGACUUGGACCAUCUGCUUGAACACAUUGACCGACGGCGCUGCCUGCACGAUUGUCUGGGGUAUUGUCGGCUUGAUUCUCUUUUGGAUCUUCGACAUUCCUCGAACUCUCCUGAAAGUGUCCUGGCUUUCCUGUGUGAGCUUUUUCAGUAUUACGACCGCGGUGAUUGUCACCAUGGCGGGAACAGGAGCCAGGGAUCCGUCACAUGGCCAUUUUCACGCCACCCAGUCUGCGACCUUUGCCACCGCCUUUCUCAGCGUGACCAACAUUGUGUUUGCAUAUGCUGGUCAUGUAGCUUUCUUCAGUUUCAUCUCAGAGAUGAAGAAUCCGCACGACUUCCCCAAAGCGUUGGUCUUGUUGCAGGUUACGGACACCAGCAUGUAUUUCCUGGUCGCGAUGGUGGUCUACGCCUAUGGCGGAGAUCAGGUUGAUUCACCAGCCUUGGGAUCCGCGGGAACACUAAUCGGAAAAGUUGCUUGGGGCCUGGCCAUUCCGACAAUCAUCAUUGCCGGUGUCAUCUAUGGCCACGUCGCUUCCAAGUAUGUCUAUGUGCGUCUCUUCCGGGGGACAAAGCACAUGUCCAAGAGGACAUUGCUUGCCGUGGGCAGCUGGCUCGCCAUUACCUUGACAGCGUGGGUGAUCGCGUGGAUCAUUGCUGAAUCAAUCCCCAACUUCAACGAUCUGCUGGCUUUGAUUUCGAGUCUCUUCGCCUCCUGGUUCACUUAUGGGAUUUCCGGCGUUUUCUGGCUCUUCCUCAACUAUGGUCAAUAUACCAGAAAUUGGAGAAAGAUGGUCUUGACUGGAGUCAACAUUUUGAUGUUCUGUCUGGGAGCCGGCAUCUGUGGAAUGGGACUGUAUGCCAGCGGCUAUGCCAUCAGUAGUGAGCCAGGCGGGAGUAGCUGGACUUGCAAGAGCAAUUCCCAGUGA